CUUUAAAUAUGUUUUAAACAACCUGCUCAUAUAUUAUCUGUCUUUAUUCCCUAUUCCUUUAAAGAUUUUAGCUAAAAUUGAAAGACAGAUUCGAUUCUUUUUGUGGUCUGGGAAGGAGGGGGGUACAGAAAUGUGUAGUGUCAAAUGGGCUUCGGUGGUACUUUCAAAAUGUCAGGGUGGUCUUGGGAUAUGUUCCAUUUUGGAUAAAAAUAAAGCUUUGUUGUUCAAGUGGCUUUGGAGAUAUAGGAGUUCUGAUACAGGAUUAUGGAAAGAUAAGGUCUCUAGUAUUCAUAAAUUGAAAAUGACUUUUAAUCUACCCAUGGAGUCAUGGACAAGGUUAAGGCUAGAGGUAGUCUCUGGUUAGAAAUUCUCAACAGAAUCAACGCCGAAGGGGUUAAUUUUAGCUAGAAGGGGCAUUGGUGGUGUUGUGGAUGCAGUUUGUCCAGUUCGUCUUCUGUCAGAAGAGUCUGUGGAACAUCUCCUUAUACAUUUUCAUAGUCGCUGGAGAAUUUGGGCUAAAUUCAUUGAAUGGUGGGGUUUAUCCUAGUGUUGUCCAAAUAGCUUAUCUGACUUGCUACAACAAUGGGAAGUCCUCGUUGAAGGGAAAUUUCAGAAGAAGGUAUGGUUCAUGUUAUUUUUUGCUACUGUCGGGUCAUUAUGGCUUUCCCGAAAUGAAUUGAUUUUUAAUCUAAAAGAGCAAGAUUUUGGUUCUUUAUUUCUUCUUAUUUUAACCAGACUCUAUGUGUGGUUAAAAGCUCUCUCUCCUGACUUUCCUUAUUGUGCCCUGGAUUUGCUUUUAUCUACUGAUGGAUUGGUUAGAUGGACAAAUCUUAAGGGUCUUAGACCUCUUGUUACGUGGUCUCCACCUGCUUUUCAUGGCCUUAAAUGGAAUGUGAAUGGAUCUUCUAUUGGAAAGCCUGGACCUGCUGGCGUUGAGGUGUUCUUCAUGAUCAUAAGGGUGUGGUGCAAUGUAUGUUUUCUAUGUCUGUUGGAAUAAAAGAAUCUAAUGAAACUGAGCUGCUUGAGUUGAUUAAAGCACUGGAACUAUCAUCCACCAGAGAAGAGUUUAUAGGGAAGAGUAUUAUAAUUGAAUCAGACUCAGCUAAUGCGAUUGAUUGGAUGUCUAAUGAAUCCAACACCCCGUGGAGAAACUGCAUCAGCUCUUCAUACUUGCCGUUAGAUUUUCUUUAGUUUUGGGUUUUGUAAAAUACUCGCACACUACGACGGAGGGUAACCAUAUGGCAGAUGCACUCGCUAAAUAAGGUGUUAACGGAGCUUCCGAAUUGGUGGGUCGGCUUCGACAACUUACUCCCUCCAAGAAUAAAAAUAAUUGAGUGUUUAUUGUUUGAUACUGAUUAAAUCUUCAUGGAGAUUUCCAUGCCUCAGGACUCUGUUAUGUGGGGACAAGAUGCAUUGAAAUUCAGAGGGAUAUAAAGUCUAUGGAUAAAGAAAAUCAUCUUUGGAUGCGUACCUGUGGAAGGCUUUGGCAAGGGAUAGAUCUCUACUUAUUGCUAAUUUCUGCUGUGGGGUUAUGUUCGUGCCCUUGCAUGACAAUUUUGUUUAUGUUAUAUCAGCUUUUCUCUGACCCUUUUGGGUUGUUAGUUUUUCCUUCUUCAUGCUUUAAUGUAUUUGCCUAUCAAAAACAAAAUCACUUAGUUGUUUCCUUGAGAACUCAUUAUGAUGAGUUAGACUUUCUAAGAAAAAUCUGUGAAGAGUUUCUUGAUUUUUUACACUAAAAGUCAUAGUUCAUGAGAGAGAGCAAUAACUUCAAGAUUUAUCAGGAAAUUCAUCGCUUGUUAACAUCUGGAUGUCUGUAUCUUUCAAUUUAGCUCUUCCGUUUGUUUAAGAUCUUAAUUAAUUCAUUUAGUUUAGCAAAACUUUUAGGAACCUCUUUACCUCUCUUCUGCUUUUAUUAUCUGUAAUUAAUCUAAAUAAAUAUCAUAAUUAAUAUUAAAAUGUUACGAUAAAAAAAAAAGCAACAUGUUUGCUUCUUCCCCUAGCUGUAUAUAUAUAUGCAUCACAUAUAUAGAUCGAUCUUCAAAUUAAACAAAAAUGUCUAGUGCUAGUACUGCCACCAUUUUCCUCCUUCUGGUCAUAGCAGCCACCACUACCUUUUGCCAUCAAGAAUUGGAGAAAUCAGAAAACUUCCGAAGCCAAACUGAUCAAGCUAGUGAAGCUCUAGCUUUCAAUGUGAAGUCCGGUAAAGGGCUGAAAAGGAGAAAACCAAACGGGAAACUUCUGACAUCAUGGAAUCCAGCAAAUUCGAAGGCGGACUACGUGGUGGCACAGGAUGGCUCUGGUACACACAAAACAAUCAAUGAUGCCCUUGCUGCACUUGACAAAACGGGUGGUAACCGGAGAAACCAAAGGGUGAUAGUCUACGUUAAAGCAGGGGUGUACAAUGAGAAAGUGGUAAUUAAGAAAAACAUGGAAAAAUUGAUGUUUGUGGGCGAUGGCAUUGAUAGAACCAUUGUCACAGGCAACAGAAAUGCUAAACGCGAUGGAUAUGCCACGCACGAGACAGCUACAUUCGGUGUACAUGCAGAUGGGUUUUGGGCUAGAGACAUGACAUUUGAAAACACAGCAGGCCCCGACGGACGCCAAGCAGUGGCACUAAUGGUGAGUUCAGAGCAGUCGGUUGUUUAUCGUUGUAGCUUCAAGGGUUACCAAAACACACUCUAUGUACGAUCCAAAAGGCAAUUUUAUCGCGACUGCCAUAUAUAUGGCACUAUCGAUUUCAUAUUUGGCAAUGCUGCGGUGGUUUUGCAAAAUUGCGACAUCUUCGUAAGAAAACCAAAUGAAAACCAAAAGAACGUGAUAGUUGCACAGGGAAGAAAAGGCCCUGAUGAAAACACAGGGAUUUCUAUUCAAGGAUCGCGUAUUAGGCCGGCCCCGGAUUUUAUUGGCGUCAAAAACAUCCCUACUUUCCUAGGCAGGCCAUGGAGAAAGUAUUCCAGGACAGUGAUUUUUGAGACGGACAUUGAUGGCUUUAUUGAUCCAGCAGGGUGGUUGCCAUGGGACGGCAGUGUUCAUCUUAAUACAUUGUUUUAUGCAGAGUAUAACAACAUAGGCUGUGGUGCAUCUACAGAACACAGGGCAAAAUGGCCUGGCUUUCACGUGUUUAAAAGUUGGAAGGAGGCUAGCCCUUUUACCGUGAAUAAGUUCAUAAAGGGGAGCUCAUGGAUUUCUCAGACAGGCGUGUCCUAUAAGUUGGGAGUCUGAAGGCCUCUCUUUUCGUCCUAGUAAUGUGGAGUUCGCCAUAAUAGUGGUUUCAAUUAGCAUCAAAAGUGUCCUGUAAUGGUGAAAGCACAAGUUCAUUGCAGAGUUCUAUAUUGUUAAUGUUAUAUAAAUUCAGUAAAAACACUCAA